UGCGCCUUCCCGCUAGCCGUAGCGAAGUUCGCUCGGCACCGGUAGCUGGUGAGAUAUAACAGCCGCACUUAGAGGCUCGGUUGCUGGACUGCACGCUCAAGUAAACAUCUUUAAUGAUAUAUUCACCCAAAGGCGUUGAAGUCAGAAAUAAAUAAGAUGCCUUUGCCUGUUCAAGUCUUUAACUUUCAGGGGUCUGUGGAACCCAUGCAGAUUGAUGCAGAUCCCCAGGAGGACCAGCAGAAUGCUCCAGAAACCAACUACAUUGUGGAGAACCCAACACUGGACCUGGAACAGUACGCAACCAGCUACAGUGGAUUAAUGCGCAUUGAGAGGCUCCAGUUCAUUGCCGAGCAUUGCCCUCAGCUCCGAGUGGAAGCACUGAAGAUGGCCCUCACCUUUGUCCAGAGGACCUUCAAUGUUGACACUUAUGAGGAGAUCCAUCGCAAACUCACCGAAGCCACACGGGAAGUGCAGGGUGUGCCGGACACAGUACCUGAAGGCGGGGUUGUUCCUCCUCCUCUAGAUUCAGCCUGGGCCGAGUCCACCAGGAAAAAGGCUCUGCUCAAACUGGAGAAACUGGAUACUGAUCUCAAGAACUACAAGGGAAACUCCAUUAAAGAGAGCAUCAGGAGAGGCCAUGAUGAUUUGGGGGACCAUUACCUGGACUGUGGUGACCUCAGUAAUGCCCUCAAGUGCUACUCCCGAGCCAGAGACUACUGCACCAGUGCUAAACAUGUCAUUAACAUGUGUCUGAAUGUCAUCAAGGUUAGUGUUUACCUCCAGAACUGGUCUCAUGUGUUAAGCUACGUCAACAAAGCAGAAUCCACACCAGAGAUAGCAGAGCAAAGAGGAGAGCGCGAUAGUCAAAAUCAAGCAGUCCUCACCAAAUUAAAGUGUGCUGCAGGCCUGGCAGAGUUGGCCUCAAGAAAAUAUAAACCAGCUGCCAAGUGCUUCCUGCAGGCUUCUUUUGACCACUGUGACUGUCCAGAGCUCCUGUCGCCCAGUAAUGUAGCUGUGUAUGGAGGCUUGUGUGCUUUGGCCACGUUUGACAGACAGGAGCUCCAGCGUAAUGUCAUCUCCAGCAGCUCCUUUAAGUUAUUUCUAGAGUUGGAGCCACAGAUCCGUGACAUCAUCUUCAAAUUCUACGAGUCCAAAUACGCAUCCUGUCUCAAGCUGCUGGAUGAAAUGAAGGAUAACCUCCUGUUGGACAUGUACCUGGCCCCACACGUCAAAACACUGUACAGCCAGAUAAGGAACAGAGCCCUUAUUCAGUAUUUCAGCCCUUACGUCUCAGCAGACAUGAUGAAGAUGGCUCAGGCCUUCAACACCACAGUAGCAGCUCUGGAAGAUGAGCUCACUCAGCUCAUACUGGAGGGGCUGAUCAAUGCACGGAUUGACUCCCAUAGCAAGAUUCUGUACGCGAGGGAUGUGGACCAGAGAAGCACCACAUUUGAAAAAUCACUUCACAUGGGCAAAGAGUUCCAGAGAAGAGCCAAAGCCAUGAUCCUCCGAGCCGCUGUGCUGCGCAAUCAGAUCCACGUCAAGUCUCCACCCAGAGAAGGCAGCCAGGGUGAACUGACACCAGCCAACAGCCAGACCAGGAUGAGCACCAAUAUGUGAGGAGGAUGAUGGCGUUUUCAAAGUCUGCAUGCUGACUAUGCUGACAGCAGCUGUGGACUAAUAGUUCAUCAACACCAACCCCCUAUCUUCACCCCACCCCACCCCUUCUCCUGUGUCUCUGCUGGAGACAGAAGUGACACACAAUAUAAAGACUUUAAUCUUCUGAAUUGAUCUCUGCUCUCCCCAUAAGAUGUUAUGAGGGGGGAGGGGGGGAAACCCUUUUGUUAGUCUGAUGACUUGAAAUGUGUUGUGAUGGAAGCUCAGCACUUCAGCUGUACAUUAGAGGUAGGAGAUGCACUUUGCUCUGCUUACACAAGCCGAAACAAGGUUUUAAAAUAAAAUUACCUGCCAAAACAUACA